AUGUCUUGCGUGCCUUCAAUCGCUUUAAAUAGUGGCUUUAACAUCCCCGCGAUUGGAUUCGGUACAUUUGGGUUUUCUAGAAAUGAUGUUGGAGAAGCUGUGCAAUGCGCGAUUGAAGUAGGCUUUCGGCACAUUGACUGUGCAAUGUCAUACAAUAACGAAGAAGAGGUUGGAGCUGCGAUAUCGAAAAGCUUGUCAUCACAAUGUCUCGCUCGUGAAGAUUUAUUUAUCACGUCAAAGGUGUGCAACUACGUGCGAUCAGCUUGUGAGCUUUCUUUAAAGCACCUCGGACUAAACUACCUUGACCUAUACCUCAUUCACUUUCCUGCCGCGUUCCACGAAAAGCCAGGCAAGAAUUAUGAUGUUUGCGAUCCAUGUACCGUUGAAUAUGAAUGUCAAUCACUAGAAGAAACGUGGAAGGCUAUGGAGUGUUUAGUUGCUGAAGGGCUUGUUAAGUCUAUUGGCGUGAGUAAUUUCAACACGAAACAGCUUGAUCGCAUUAUCAGCGUUGCCUCAAUUAUGCCGGCAGUUAACCAGAUUGAGGUCUCCGUUGAUUUAUUGAACACGAAAUUAAUUGAAUAUUGCCACAGUAAAGGCAUUCAGGUUGAGGCAUUUGUUUGUUGCGGUGCUUGUAGGAAGACGAUGACUCCGCGUUUAGAGGAGCCAUUUGUGAAGGAGAUCGCAGCUGCCCACAAUAAGACCGCGGCGCAAGUGCUGCUUCGUCACGCCUUACAGCGGGGACUCGUGGUUUUGUCCAGAGGUGUCACACCAGCAGCCAUCAAGUCGAAUUUCGAUGUGAGUCAAGGCUGA